GCGGAGAUACAUUGGCUUCGAAAAUAUUCUACAAACACUUUCAGAAAUAAAUAAAUGUUUUUAAACUCGUCACCGUUUAAGAGAUUGUUUCUCAUGGCUUCAAAACCUCAACACCUCCACCCAAUUGCAGAAGCUUCAGUUUUAACCUCCGCUAAAAAACCUAGAACUAUGACCACUGUUUCCGCCAUGAAAGAUGGUUUCGCUAAUUACACAGACUACCUUAAUCAAUUUAAUGACAAGAGGGAACGAGUGGUAAAAGCUAGUCGUGAUAUCACCAUUAACAGCAAAAAAGUCAUAUUUCAGGUGCACAGGAUUAGUAAAUCUAACAGAGAAGAAGUUUUGGAGAAGGCUGAGAAGGACUUAGCUGCAGUGACUAGUCAAUAUAUUUCCCGUCUAGUGAAAGAAUUGCAAGGGACUGACUUCUGGAGACUCAGACGUGCAUAUUCUCCUGGGGUGCAAGAAUAUAUUGAAGCUGCAACCCUCUGUAAAUUCUGUAAAUCCGGGACACUCUUGGAUCUUGCGGAGAUAAAUGCUACUUUACUACCACUGAGUGAUCCAUCACUGGAGCCCUUGCAAAUUAAUGUCCUUGAUUAUCUGCUAGGGCUUGCUGAUUUGACCGGAGAGUUAAUGAGACUCGCCAUGGGACGAAUCUCAGAGGGCGAACUGGAAUAUGCGGAGAAUAUAUGCAGGUUCGUACGUGAUAUCUACAGGGAGUUGACCCUCGUCGUGCCACAUAUGGAUGAAAACUCUGAGAUGAAGAAGAAAAUGGAGGUAAUGCUCCAAAGCGCUGUGAAGAUAGAAACAGCAUGUUUUGGUGUUCACGUGAGAGGAUCCGAAUACAUACCAUCUCUUGGGUCAACUAACCAAAACUACUCAUACAUGGGAGCUUCAGCCAUUGAUCUGUAAGGCAUCUCUACAUAAAAGAGCCUAACACAAAAGAGGAAAUCAUAUUUAUGCAACAAGGAGUGAAGUGGUUGGGCACUUUUUUCAGUGACAUAAUACAGGAGAAUUUUCUUGUUUGUUUGUAAAAGCGAGUUAUUCUGCUAAUAUGAAUAUGUUGAAAGAGAGACGUCUAAGCCAGCUAAGCCAUGCCUACAGGCUACAGCCUCAAAUUGUUGGACCCAAAUUUUUCAUUUUUCUUAUUGACAUCUUUUUCUUUCCUAUAAGCAUGACGUACUGCUUUCUAAUACCAUAUAGCCA